UGUAAUAUAAUAAAUGAUCGGGCUAUAAUAAAAUCUGUACGGUACUAUCUCCGCAGUGUCAAUAGAUACAAGACUUCACCUAUUGUUAACACGAUCUAAUUUCAUCUUGAUAUUACAUUUAUGAGGACUGUAAGAUAUUCCUCAAAUAAAGCCUUGUUUAUUUUCAAUGCGUCUAAUGGAUGGAUUAUCCGUUUUGUUUGCAUCUUUUAAAACUGAAUCGAUUGUGAAUAUUUGUGUAUAGAAACCGGGUCUAAAGAUUCCUCCCUUUCUUAACGCCAGAUGCUCGAUAAGUAAAGAUUGAAAUUAAAAAUAAAUUGAAGCGAUUUUAGAGGAAAAAAACACGAAAAAAAAACAACAAAAGGAAAUCCUGAGAAAUAUGGAAUUAAAUUAACAUUGUGCCAUUAUUAAGCCGAAGUGUGGCAUUAUUAGGACGUGGUGUGGUAUUAUUAAAGACGUGGUGUGGCAUUACUGAAGACGGUGUGGUGAGAAUUUAGAGGAUUGAGCCUACUGUUCACAGACAAAACCUAGACAACACAGCCAUGCCUCGCUCAGUACGAUCGGCGAGGUCCAACUCCAUAUGCAGCGUGACGUCAGAAAGUGGACGCGGUGCUAAACUUGACGAACUCCUAGCAUCUCGGGUGAAGAUGGGGAAGAAGGUAGAGAAGAGUUUGAAUAAAGAGAAGAACCAGUCUGCCACCAGUCAGGAUGAACUGGAUUCAAAUAAAGCACUUGAACGCUCAAAAUUUGAACCUCAUGUGUGUACAGGAAACUUCUCGGCGGAUUUCAGUGAGCUGUGCCGUCGCAGUAACAUGACGUACAUUCCUCCAGUGAUAAUGCGCCCACGACCACCAGCUCCUGUGGUUCAACAGGAAGUGAGUCCGGCAAAAGGUGGCAAGGAUAAAGGUAAACCUGCAGUAGCACAACCAGAGCCAGAACAGGAUGAAACCACAGAGGAUGGAGAGCCCAUCGAUGCCCCACCAAAGACUUACACAACAAAAGACAAGUUUGAAUAUUUUAAACCAUCUAUACAAGUAGAGAUGGACAACCAAGAUAAAGCUGAUACUGUUAAUGAAAUAUUUAUAAGAGGCUGGAAAAUAGAUGCAACCAUGAUGGACAUAUUCAAACAGUGCUGGCCUACCAUGGAAAAAUUACAUUCUAUAAAUUUAUGGAACACUGGUCUAAAUGAUGAUACCCUACAUAUAUUAGCAACUAUACUACCACAGUGCCCAAAUGUCAAAAAUUUAACAUUAGAUGGAAAUACCACAGAAAAAGAAGAUUGGUUUGAGUUGAUAACUGAAGAAAGUCCUGUACAGAAUUUAUCACUACGGCAUUGUGGGAUUACAAACAAAGGAGCCACUAUGAUUGGUCGAUGUAUUGGUAGUGCCAAACAUUCAAACACAAAACUUCUCACAUUAAAUUUGAGUAAUAACAAAAUUCAGGAUCAGGGACUGAUAGAAAUUGCUGAAGGUCUUCGACUAAACAGGACACUGUUGUCAAUAUCUCUAGCUAGUAAUGAAAUUAAAGAUAAAGGUGUUGUCAAGCUGUCAGAGGUUCUGUCAAGAUUUCCGUUACGUCACGAGGAAGUCGUUGAACGUCGUAAACUGAUGUCAGACCGAAGUUCUCCUGACAGAAAUAAAUCUCCCCCACUCAGCCGUCGGGCCGACUCCAAGGACAGGCCGGGCAGUGUUCGAAGUAGCACCCAUCAGGACAAGGGGGGUAAGAAAAAUGAGAAACCAUCUGCCAAGGCUAAGAAGGACGGGAAAGGCGGAAAAGAGGACAAAGACGAUAAACACGAGAAAAGUAAAGGAAAGAAAGAAAAGGAGGACAAAGCAGGAGCAAAGAAAG